UUAAAACGUACCGCGUCUGCUCUAAAUGUUUUGAUGUCCCUUUUAUCUCAAGAGAAAUCGUUUUCACUCAUUUUAUUUUCAUAUGAAAACUAUUCCUCCGGCACGGAGAGGACGAAACUCAGCAUCCUCACAAGGAGUAGGAGACGAUUUUGUGUUUGAGAUAAAGUUGGGGAUUUUAUUUUUGUUCUAAAUCAACAACAGUGAAAAAGAAAGAAAGCGACAACAUUGUACUCCUGCAGUAGUUGUGUUUAAAAAGGUAGAUAAAAGCAGAAACGCGUCCGCUCUCUCGUUUUCGAGCUUCCUCAGCUGCGCUAGCUAACGUUACUUUCCUGUAGCUGUAAAAUAAAAGUCCCCUCGUUGCCACCUAUUAACUGCUGACACACUUUUCACGUUGACCAGGUGAAGUAAAGUAGCUGUGGGCAGCGCAGUGCUCAUAUAGCGGAGUUUUAUUUAUUUUACAAACAAGCAGAAGAGCGGAAUGAUGACCAAAUCCAUGGUGGUGCCCGUUAUAGACGUGCAAAAUGACAAUUUUAAGGAGCUUUGGCCUUCAAUGGUGCUCGCCUUUAAAACGUCCUCCUUCAUUGCGUUGGACACGGAACUGAGCGGUCUUGGCGCACGGAAAGCUCUUCUCGCAGAGUCAGUUGAAGAUCGCUAUAAAGCGAUAUGCCAUGCUGCUCGCACGCGCUCAGUACUGUCCCUGGGGAUUGCUUGUUACAAGAAACUUAAUGACAAAGCCGACAGCACGUACCUGGUUCAAGUUUACAACCUGACGCUGUUGUGCACGGAGGAGUACAUCAUUGAACCUCAGUCAGUGCAGUUUCUUGUGCAGCAUGGCUUCGACUUUAACAAACAGUAUGCUCAAGGUGUUCCCUACAACAAGGGCAAUGAUAAGGGAGGAGAUGCCCAUGGGGUGAAUAUGCGCACCUUGUAUGUGGAGCUCCUGAGGGCGAACAAGCCUCUGGUGGUCCAUAACGGCCUGAUCGACAUGGUGUUCCUGUACCAGUGCUUCUACGCCCAUCUGCCUGAAAGGCUGGGCACGUUUAUAGCUGACCUGUCGCAGAUGUUCCCUGCCGGCAUUUACGACACCAAGUAUGCGACAGAGUAUGAGCUGCGCUUCACCGCCUCCUACCUGGAGUACGCCUAUAAAAAGUGUAAGUUGGACAAUGCCAGAUCCGUUGAGGCUGGUAAGAAUGGACCUCGUUUGUUCCUGGAGUUUUGUAAUUACACCGGGCGCCUGCAGAGCUACGUAGACUACAGGCCUUGCUUGGACAGCCAGAGCCAUGAUGGCACCCUGAACAUCUGCAUUCAGUUCUCUGCUUACGGAUGGUGUCCCAACGGCGCUCAGUGCCCCAUGUCGCACGACACGGACCUCAUCAUUCAGCAAGACGAGAAAACCAAAGAGGACAAAAAGAAAAAGAGGAAGCGCAGGAAGAAACAGAAGGCUGCCCGGGAAGUGGAGGAGGACAGUUUGCCUGAAGAGAAGAGAGCUCACCUGGAGGACAUGGAAGUUCAGGGUGAAGCGGUAACCACCUGUGAAACCAUGGCAACAGCAUCCGAGCACCAGCAAACCAGUGGAGAGGUGACAAAAGUGACCUGUGUUAAUGACUCUGGUAGCGUAGAAGGGGCUGAGAAUGGAAGUGGUGUCCCUCCAGCGCAGGACUCGACUAGAGACGAUGGCAAAAAUGCGCAACAGACGUCUAAAGGCUUAACUGGAGCCAGAGAGAGAAAGGUGGAGGGAGGAACCCACAGAGCUGGAUUCGAUGCCUUCAUGACUGGUUACAUUUUCGCUUUUGCCAGCAUUUUGAAGUCAGAUGAAUCUGUUGCUCAGGCUGGAAUACCUGGGUGUGUGAACAAACUGUAUUUGAGCGGCAAGUCUGUCCCGCUUCACGUGGUCAAAAGCACCUUCUCGAAGUCCUCCAAGGCUCAUGUGCACAAAAUGGAGCAAGUGUGGGGAAAAGGCUCCUGCGACAGCAGCACUGUCAAAGCAGAUGGAACUGAUGCAUAAAGAAUUCACUUUUUAAUUUGGGGUAAAUAAAGAAGCACAUUUGAUUUUAUUAAUACUGUCAUUUGAACUGUUUUCUUAAAGAUUAGUGCUGUUAUCGUGAUAUUGGCUUGGUAUCGCUGAAGAACACAAUAUGCAGAUUGACAUAUAUUUUAACCAAUAACAGUGUUUUUGCUGUAAGCAUUCUAACCAAUCAUAGGUCUUCUGUGGAUUUUUAGCUGAAUUGACUUAAGAGUUUGGUCAAACUAAUGUAGGACAGUCUUUAACCACGUAACAUUUAUUGACUGAUGAAUGUCAGUCGUUUUUAAACGAAUGGUUCAGCAAAUAAACAGACUUAUACAAUUUUUUCAUUACCACCAAUAUGAGCUGCGUUCCAAAGCCU